AUGGUGAGAAGAGCAACAGGUAAUGGUGAUGCAACAGUAUGUUUUCAUCAUGGUGGUGGUUUGAAGCGUUGCCCUUUACAGGAUGAUCCAUGGACAGUACAUGCUCUGUGGUUCUCCAAAUCUACCUUUCUGAUUCGUGUAAAGGGCACUGACUUUCUGAAUACAAUCUGUCAUACAAAAAAAAGCAUAAUUAUAGCAAACGAUAUGUUAAAUAUUAAACUUGAGGCGGAUAUUCUGAAUAAAGCAGGGUCAUCUGACGGGCAUGUGGUUGAGGGUACUCGUCUGUGUAAAAUUUGCUUCCAGGACGAGGUGGGUGCAAUGUUCCAUCCACGUGGACACAUUUCUGUCUAUGUUAAAUGUGCACUCUCUAUUUCCCCAUGUUUUCCAUGUUUGGAGACUAUAGCAUCUGCAGUUGGAGUAUUCAGUCAAUGUAAUUAA